UUAGACGUCAACAAUUUUUCGUCGCGUUGCGUAUUUAUUGGCGCAGUGCAGAAUCAAAACAAAAUUAUAUAAGCAAUAGAACUCCAUGCUAUCUGUACUGUUUUCGCCGUAAUCGUCGUUGUUUUGUUUUAUUAUGCCUAAUGGACGGGCAGUGUUGUUGCUGCGGCGUUUGUCGACAGGGGACAACAGAUUGAAGAGUAUCAACUUGAAUCAAAACACGACGAAGGAGUCGCAUAUUGUGAACCCGGUGUGCUCCCAUCGCGACAUAAAUUUGUCGAAAAGAAUCUCUACAUUUGGCCAAAACAAUCAGCUUCCAGUUGUUUCCCCUCAACUUACAAGAAGCUUCAGUGACAACAUAAUAAAAAUGGCCACACCAACCACUGAAUCCAACCCUAUUGAAGUGCCAAAACAUACCAAUGCUCUUGUGUCUGAGAAGUCUCCAUAUUUGCUGCAGCAUGCUCACAACCCAGUGCAAUGGUACCCAUGGUCCCAGGAAGCAUUUGACAAGGCCAAAAAAGAAAACAAACUGAUCUUCUUGUCUAUAGGAUACUCCACAUGCCACUGGUGCCAUGUGAUGGAGAAAGAAUCUUUUGAAAAUGAAGAAGUUGCCAAAAUUAUGAAUGAGAACUAUAUUAAUAUUAAGGUGGAUCGUGAGGAAAGGCCCGACAUAGACAGGGUUUACAUGCUGUUUAUUACAGCAACCACUGGCAGUGGUGGCUGGCCCAUGUCUGUCUUCCUCACUCCUGACUUACUGCCUGUUACCGGAGGAACAUAUUUCCCUCCCGAGAAUAAGUAUGGCCGCCCUGGCUUUAAAACUAUUCUCCUGUCACUUGCUAAAAAGUGGAAAGAAAAUACUGAGCAAUUCAAACAGGCUGGCAUUGCUAUAAUGGAUGCUCUUCAAACCUUAUCCAAGGGUGAUGCUGAAUUAUCGCCAUCCGUACCUGGAGAAGCGACAUGGAACAAAUGUGUGCAGAGAUACAUUGCUAGCUUUGAACCACAUUUCGGUGGAUUUGGUACAGCUCCAAAGUUUCCGAACUGUUCAAUUUUUAACUUCCUCUUUCACUUCUAUGCUCGGAACAAGUCUGAUCGAGUAGGUAAGCAGUGCUUAGAGAUGUGCUUGCACACAUUAACUAAGAUUGCCAAGGGUGGUAUCCAUGAUCAUAUCUCUAGUGGGUUUGCUCGCUACUCUGUUGACAAUGACUGGCAUGUGCCGCAUUUUGAAAAGAUGUUGUAUGAUCAAGCGCAACUCGCAUGUGCUUAUACGGACGCUUAUCUUGCGACCAAAGACGAAUUUUACGCUGAAGUUGUUCGUGACAUUAUUAAAUACGUAAACAGAGAUCUGAGACAUUUAGAAGGAGGUUUUUAUAGCGCCGAGGAUGCUGAUUCAUAUCCAGUUCAUGGCGCUCCUCAUAAGAAGGAAGGAGCAUUUUGUGUUUGGGAAUAUAUAGAAGUUGAGUCGCUCCUUAUUGAGAAAACUAUAAAUGAUAUACCUUACAUGGAUAUUUUCUGUCACUACUUCAAUGUUGAAGAAGAUGGCAAUAUUUCACCGGACAGUGAUCCUCACGGUGAGCUCAAAGGGAAGAACAUGUUCAUUGUUUAUGGGAGUAAAGAAGAAACUGCUAAAAAGUUUGGAUUGACUAUGGAGCAGUUUAAUCAAGUGAUCAAUGAAUGUACUGAGAUCUUGUAUGAGGCCCGUCAAGAGAGACCGAGGCCACAUCUGGACAGCAAAAUGCUGUGCUCAUGGAACGGCCUGAUGAUCUCUGGCUUAGCUCAGGCAGGACAAGGUUUGGGAGAAAAGGAAUAUGUAGAAGAUGCUAUUAAAACUGCAAACUUCAUUAAAAAGUACUUAUAUGAUCCGGAAAGUAAGAAAUUGCUUCAUUCUUGCUACAGAGCAGAUGAUGGGUCGGUUUCUCAGAUUGAAAAACCUAUCGAAGGUUUCUUAGACGACUACGCCUUCCUGGUGAAAGGUCUACUGGAUCUAUACGAAGCAUCUCUGGACCUCUGCUGGCUUAACUGGGCGCGCGAAUUGCAGAAGAAGCAAGAUGAGCUGUUCUGGGAUGAGACGAAUGGUGGAUACUUUAGCACUUCGGAGGGAGAUGAUAGUGUUGUGCUGAGGCUGAAAGAAGACCACGACGGCGCCGAGCCGUGCGGCAACAGCGUCUCGUGCCACAACCUGCAGCGCCUUGCCGCUUACGCCGACAAGAGCGCCGCUUCGGAAGGAGGCGAUAAAGAGCGCGAUAUGGCCAGGCGACUACUUACAGCGUUCGCGCAUAGACUGACCAACUCGCCUACGGCUCUGCCUGAGAUGAUGUCAGCUCUUAUGUUUUAUAAUGACUCCCCGACGCAGGUUCUGAUAGCGGGCGGCUGCUCAGACCCGCGUACCCUAGAGCUGGUGCGCGUGGUGCGCUCGCGCCUGCUGCCCGGCCGCGUGCUCGCCGUGGCCGACCCCGCCGCCGACUCGCCCGCCGGUAUGUCCGACAUACUACUAACCCGGAUCAGACCUGUGGGCGACGCGCCAACCGCCUACGUAUGUCGACGCUACGCCUGCUCACUUCCCGUCACUGAUGUCAAACAGCUGGAAACAUUGUUGGAUGAACAGCCCGCUACUAAUUAACUUAGAUUUAUCAAAAAGGCGAGCCAAUGUUGAUUAUAAGCUAUGCCCAAUUUUGAGAGACCAGUGUUAACGCAUCAGACUAGUCGCUACGCCUGCUCACUUCCCGUCACUGAUGUCAAACAGCUGGAAACAUUGUUGGUUGAACAGCCCGCUACUCAAAUGCGGCAAAAGGGCGAGUCAAUGUUGAUCAUAAGCUACGUCCAACCUUUAGAUACCAGUGUUAAUGUAUCAGCCUAGUUACCUCGGAUCGCUGUCCGUUAUUGACGUCAAACAAAACACUGUUGGAUGAAAAUCACACCACUAAUUAACCUAUUCGAAUCAACGUGGAAACUUUUGUCAUAGACUAGUUGUUACGCCUGCUCGCUGCUGUCACAGAUGUCAAAGAGCUGGAAACACUGUACCACGAACUAAACUGUUAAUUCGUCACUACUUUGAAAAAAUCUCGUAUCUCACCCUGCUUCUCAAAGUUAAAACACAGUAAGUCUAUAUGCAUUCCAUACAUACUUACUACAAUUUUCUUUUCAUUGACAGACGAAGAUACAAGUUUUUUUAAAAGUAGUGACGAAUUUUAAAAGGGCAAGCCAGCGUUGAAUUUUAGCUACGCCCCGCUUAAGUUUCGAUGAAACCCUAUUUUUUUCAAUAUUAUUAUAAAUGGGCUUUCUCUUGGCCACGGACUAAGCAAAGGCAAAAACGUGACCUACAAACCUAUAGUCAUAGACUAACGCAUCUGACUAUAUCAAAACACUUAGAUGACAAUUGAACAUAUUAUGAGAAACCUUCAGUCGGAGACCAGUGGUACAGUAGCGGAAAAAAAUGUAUCAUAAUGGUUAUGUAACGAGAAUAAUAAGACGAAAAUUCUUAAAAUUCGAUUUUCACAUCAAGUAAACAACUAUUGGAUUAUCAAUACAAAUAUCGUCACUAAUUUGAAAAAAUCUCGUAUCUCACACUGCUCCUCAAAGUUAAAACGCAGUAAGUCUAUAUGCAUUCCAUACAUACUUAUUACAUUUUUCUUUUCAUUGACAGAAGAAGAUACAAGUUUUUUUCAAAGUAGUGACGAUAUGUAUUGGAAUUCUUACGAGUUUUAGGACUCACUGCACGUGGCCCGUGGGCAGCCACGAUAUCCUGUUGCGGGACGGAAAAAAGAUUUUCAUUUAAUUUAAAUUCAAAUUAUGAUUAAAAAACAACAGAAAUCUGAAUCACUUAAAUAUAUAGAGGUAGGCAGACUUGACAAUAAAUCCUGGUAAUAUGGUAGCUGUUAAAAAAUAAAUUAAAAUACCAUAGUCAUGUUGAAAUUGUUCGGAAUAGAAAUACUAGGAAGUCAUAUUUAUAUUAAUCUAUUUAAGGCCAUUCUACACGGUAACUUUCAAGAAAAUUGGAUAAUCUUUUUAUGACUUUGAAGGAAAGUUAAUCAAAUGGUAGAGUCUCACCUACAAUUGAAAAAAGGAUUCAUACAAUAAAUUUAAAAGUGGAAAAUGUCUGCCUUGGGUGAGACUUGAACUCACGGCCUCUGGAUCGAUACUCCAGCGCUCUGCCAAC